GAUGGAAAUUCGCCCAUCAUCUGCUAUGGUUUGCAAUAUCGGCAAGCAGAUCAAGUGGAAUGGCAAGAAGUGGCCAUGAACAUCGACCACGAAUUCUUCUGCAUGCGAAACCUGAUCCCGGUGACCUCUUACGAAUUCAGACUGCUUGCGCAAAACGCUUUCGGCUGGAGUCCGCCGGGACUCACGUCUGGAAUUUUCACAACAAAGGCCGAAGGUGCCCCAAAGGUCAAAGUGUCUCGGGCAAUGAAGCACCUGCAGCUUCUCACAGAGAAGGGCUUUGAGAUUGAGGACGAGAACAAACGACCCCCUCUGGAUUACUCCAUUGAAGAGAAUCCUGUGCCAUUUUCCGAAGGGGACCCGAAGGAGAAGUAUCACUUUAUUGCCGAAUUGGACAGAGCCGAAAGUUACCCAGAAUUUCUUGGAAUUCGCAUCACAAUUCUCUCGCUUCCUCAGAUUUUCGAUGCUGUGCAAUAUUUGCACUGGAAAGGAAUGGUGCAUCUGGAUAUUCAGCCAGACAACGUCGUAAUGGCCAGUAUCAGACGAUUGGACGUCCGUCUGGUUGACUUUGGCAAUGCCCAACAAGUUACCAGACAGGGUUUGCCAGUGGAAACCCUGGGUUCCUUGGAGUACAUGGCUCCGGAAGUGCUGAGCAAAGAGGACAUCACACCUCAAGCAGAUGUGUGGAGCAUAGGUGUACUGGCGUACAUCCUGUUGUCAGGAGUGUCGCCGUUCCGCGGCGCCACCGACCAAGAGACCCGCACCAACAUCAAUUUCGCUCGCUACCGUUUUGAGCACCUCUACCGGGAAAUCACUCAGGAGGCGUCACGUUUCCUCAUGCUCAUCUUCAAGAGACAUGCAGUGAAACGACCGGAUGUUGAAGAGUGUCUGGAACACCGUUGGCUCCAGUGCACGGAAUACAUGAUCAAGAAGCGAGAACGAGCUGUCUUCAACAGCAAGCAACUCAAGAAUUUCAGUGACGAUUACCACACGGAUCGUGUCAGAAGAGGAGGAAGCGUGGGAGAUGAACUGCUGAACAUGUUGGGUCUGGGCCUGGGCAGAGCAGAAAACGUCGCCUUUGAUACUUCGACCACUUUUUAAUUGCCUGAAACCCCCGAAGGGUACCAAAGGUUUGAUCCCAAAACUCCGGGACUGAAAUAUUCUGUUAACGUGGUUAACUUCAUUUGCGAUGCCCCCCGGGAUAGAGUUUAUUUUUUUCACACAAAUAUAGCGAUCCCGGGGGGUUUUUUUCUCCAACCGUUUUUACUCCUCAGUUUUAAUCCUUGCUUCAAAUUGCCGUUAGUCUGUUAGUUGCCUGGUAAGUAGGUUUCUAUUGGAAAUGAAUUGAGGAUUUAUUACUGUAUUUCCACUCCACGUUGUGUGUUGCGUGUUGCACCCAGAAUUCAACACACGAAAAACGGAACAAAAAGUUACUUUGGCUUUAGUAUUCAAAUUUUUUUCUUUUUUUUCUUUUCUUUGGGAGGAAGAAGUGAACGGAUUCAUGAAAUAUUUUUCUCUGGAAAAAGACAUUCAACAUUUCACAAUAAGAGAGUUGAGAGCUGAUUGGUAACUUGAAAGCUAACGAGGAUAUUCACAUUUGAGAGUCGGAGUUGAAAUUGUCACGCUUAACAUCAUCUCAUCGCUUUUAGACGAAGUGAAGUUUUUUUUAAAAUUAAUUUACAGCGUGAACUUUUGAAACGUGAUGUAAUUUAUUUUCUCUUCUACACACGCGACAAACAACCUACUGAUUUUUUUCUGCCAUUUAAAAAAAAUAUUGCGGUUUGAGAAAGCUAUACGUGAUUAUGAUUGAGUCGGAUUCUGUGAGCGGGCAUGUGUUCAAUGUUCUUGUGCUUUGUCCUUCUUUGGUCAGAAAUGAACAAGAAAAACGAAUUUUCCCUUUGUCAAAA